GGUGGAGUUGUCCUCGGGGCUGAUACAAGAGCCACGUCUGGUGAAGUUGUUGUCGACAAAAACUGUUCUAAAAUUCACCGCAUCAGCUCGAACAUUUACUGCUGCGGUGCUGGGACUGCGGCCGACACAGAGAAGACAACGGAGAUGCUGGCCUCAAAAAUAGAGCUUCAUGCUCUGGCCACUGGCCGGCAGCCACGGCUUGUCAUGGCCAGUCGCUUCUUACAGGACACGCUUUUCAGGUAUCGUGGCCACAUCAGUGCGAUGCUGCUCCUGGGCGGAGUUGACUGUUCGGGGCCACACAUUUAUGAGGUUACUCCUCAUGGGUCAGUGCAGAAGCUGCCCUUCAGUUCCAUGGGUUCGGGCAAUCUUGCUGCAAUGGGAGUCUUUGAGGACAGGUAUAGGCCGGACAUGAAUGAGGAAGAGGCUAAGAUGUUGGUCAGAGACGCCAUUAAUGCUGGGAUCAUGAACGACUUGGGCUCCGGCAGCAACAUUGACCUGUGUGUGAUCACCCAGCACAAGGUGGACUUUAUCCGUCCGUACAACAUCUCCAAUUACAAGGGACAGCGACUGGGGAGGUACCGGUAUCCGAGAGGCUGUACAGCGGUGCUGAGUAAAGAUGUCACUCCCCUCAGCUUCCAGCUGAUACACGAGGAGGUGCAGGAAAUGCAGAUCUCAUAGAGCGACCAUCAACCUGUACAGCACUGUGUAACACAGCCUGUACUGUGUACUGUGUAACACAGCCUGUACUGUGCACUGUGUAACACAGCCUGUACUCUGCACUGUGUGACACAGCCUACACUGUGUACUGUGGAACACAGCCUGCAUUGUGUACUGUUUAAUACACCCUGUACUGUGCACUGUGUAACACAGCCUGCACUGUGUAACACAGACUGUACUGUGUACCACAGCCUGUAGUGUGUACUGUGUAACACAGCCUGUAGUGUGUACUGUGUAACACAGCCUGUACUCUGCACUGUGUAAUACAACCUGUACUGUGCACUGUGUAACACAGUCUGUACUCUACUGUGUAACACAGCCUACACUGUGUACUGUGGAACACAGCCUGCAUUGUGUACUGUUUAACACAGCAUGUACUGUGUAACACAGCCUGUAAUGUGCACUGUGUAACAUAGCCUGUACUAUGCACUGUGUAACACAGGCUGUACUGUAGAGUGUAGAACUUUACAAUUAAUUUUCAGAUUACAUUAAAAUAUUUUUUCUGAAAUGAAAACCGCCUUUAGUUGUAUUUCCAAUGCUUAAUAAAGGAUGCAGAUAAUAUUGUCA